AUGGCCAACAAUAUGGAACCAAGAGUACACCCCUUCUUCGAGCCCAAGACUUGUUCUUGGCAGUAUGUGGUAGCUUGUCCUGAAAGAAAAGAGGCGGCCAUAAUCGACCCAGUCCUGGAUUAUGAUCCCGGAAGCUUCCUCAUCACCUCCGAAUCUGCGGAUGAACUAAUCGAAUGUGUUUUCAAGAACGGAUACACAGUCACCAUGUUGUUGGAGACACAUGCCCACGGAGACCACCUCUCAGCGGCCUACUAUAUCCAACAAACUCUCUGGUCCCGCGGACAACCUCACGCACAGAUCUGCAUCGGCGAGAACGUCAGGGUCGUCCAAAGUCACUUCGCACAGAAAUAUCAAAUCCCGAGACAAGAAAUUGACAUUGCCUUCGACCAUCUCUUCCAGCCCGACGAAGUAUUCAACAUUGGUGACGUGACCAGCAUCGCCCUCCACCUGCCUGGGCAUACACCGGACCAUGGAGGCUACAAAAUAGGGCACAACAUUUUCACGGGAGACAGUAUGUUCAAUCCAGAUGUUGGCAGUGGCAGAUGUGACUUCCCAGGUGGCGAUUCUCGGGAACUUUUCCGCUCGAUGAAACGCCUCCUUGCUUUCCCGCCAGAAACGAGAUUAUACACGGGUCAUGAUUAUCCUCCUUCCAAUGAGUACACGGCACGGGACCCAUUGCCGUAUGUUACCGUCGACGAGCAGGAGAAGAAAAACAAGCACAUCAAGAAUGACUCGUCAGAGGACGAUUUUGUGAAGUGGAGGUCUCAGCGUGACAAGGAGAUGCCUGAGCCUAAGCUUGUGCACCAGGCUAUGCAGGUCAACGUGCGUGGAGGGAGGAUGCCAAGCAAGUCGCAUAAUGGAAAGGCAUAUCUGCUUUAUCUCAUCAAUGUCCCGAAGGUUUUAGUGACGGGAAAGCAAAGAUAG